AUAUACAAGUACAGAGGAAGGCACUUAGCAAUGGACAAGAACAUCGAAGAAUUCUUGCAAGCUCAUAACAACUUUUUGCCCGUAAGAUACUCUUACUCAAACAUUAAGAAGAUCACCAAGAAUUUGAAGCAUAAACUUGGUGAAGGGGGAUAUGGUUCUGUGUAUAAGGGAACACUUAGAAGUGGCAACAAAGUGGCCAUCAAGAUUUUAAAGCAAUCCAAGGCCGAUGGCCAAGAUUUUAUCAGUGAAGUGGCUACUAUUGGAAGAAUUCACCAUGUUAAUGUAGUGCAACUUAUUGGGUUUUGCUUUGAAGGCUCGAAACAAGCUCUCGUGUAUGAUUUCAUGUCAAAUGGAUCUUUGGAUAAGCACAUUUUCACUAACGAAGGUGAUAAGUUUCUCGAUUAUAGGAAAAUAUAUGAGAUCGCACUUGGGGUGGUGAGGGGGAUUGAGUACUUACAUCGUGGGUGUGACAUGCAAAUACUACACUUUGAUAUCAAGCCUCACAACAUUCUUUUAGACCAACAUUUUACUCCAAAAGUUUCUGACUUUGGACUAGCAAGACUUUAUCCUACUAAUCAUAGCAUAGUCUCAUUGACUGCAGCAAGAGGAACCUUAGGAUAUAUGGCACCUGAGUUGUUCUAUAAAGACAUUGGCGGUGUAUCUCAUAAAGCGGAUGUCUAUAGCUUUGGGAUGUUGCUCAUGGAAAUGGCAGGUAGAAGGAAGAAUAUAAAGGCAAAUGCGGAAUGCUCAAGCCAAAUUUAUUUUCCCUUGUGGGUGUAUGACCAAAUCAGUGAACAAGAAAUUAUUGAAAUGGAAGAAGUUGUAGAAGAGGAGAGGAAUGUGAUGAAAAAGAUGAUAAUAGUUGCACUUUGGUGUAUACAAUUGAACCCAAACCAUCGGCCUCCAAUGAGCAAAGUCCUAGAAAUGCUCGAAGGACAUAUUUGUAAACUUCAAAUGCCUCCAAAACCACUUAUUUACCCACAGGAUGAGUCAAUCAACAAUGACAAAGCUAAGAUGGAACUAGAAACAUCCUCAACUUCAUCAAGCACUCAGAUAGUUUCCGCUAGUUUUCCUUUCGGAGAUAGUGAUGAUGUUUAAAGGCUCAUGCAUAGUUUGAUUGGAAAAGUUUGUGUAUUUGUUAUAUGUCUGCACAAUCUAGUAUUAUGUUGGGAGGGACUUGGCUAGUUUAGCUUGACAGUGAUUACUUUCAAGAUUUUCUUUUUCUAGCUCUGAGGUUAAUGUUGUGUUAUUGUUUUU